AUGACAAUUGUUGGUCUCAGUGCCACACUAUACACUACAAGAGGUAGCGACUCCUGCACUUGGAACCCCUCUGAGAUCAGCUCUUUUCCGGACAACGAGUUUCCGACCUGUCCCACUAUAACACAGUUUUUCGAAAAUAAUAGUGUGAAACCUGAAGAGGUGUUGGUAUUUGUACACUUGCAGAAGGAGACAGGGAAGACAGCUAGAGCAAUACGAGACACAUGUCUUGAGAAAGAUACCUUCGGACUCUUCUUUAAGGAAGGCUCCGUGUCAACAGAAGUAUUACGUAAUGAAUGGGAAUAUGUGAAAAACAAGAGGCUAAAAGACCUUCCUGCUCACAGCUCUGCUAUACCUCAUGCUGGCAUGAAUAAAUCAACAUUGAGAGUGGAACUGACAGUUAUGCCAGACUUUCAGUUGGAUGAGAAGGUGCAUGGUUCAUCAGAAGCUUUCUGGAUCCUGGUGGAGGAUGUGGACAGUAAAGUUACACUGCAUCAUGAAUACUUUCUUCUCCAGAAUAAGUUUGCCAAGGAUGAGCACUAUGUGAAGUUCUUUGUGCCUGUAUUUGAACCCUUGGCGCCACAGUUCUUUAUCAAGGUGGUUUCUGACAAGUGGAUGGGUGAGUUAAACAGUUCUGGUUUAACACUGAUGACAAUUGCAUUAUACAAAACAAGUCGUUUGUUUUUCAAGAAGUAAAACUCCAACUUUGAGAGUGUUAGCAGGGGUCACACUGGGAAUUUUUUUCUCUGUGCCACUGCUUUUUUUGAAGAUAAAAUUAUGAGGCCAACAACGGCGAAGUGCAUAGCAUUGACGUUCUUGUAGGACUACAUUAUAUGUACCAAAGUACUCAUACUACUCAAGAAAUUAAUGUAGUUAUUACAUAUUUCUUAGUAACCUUUUAAAAAGCUUUUUGAAAAUCAAUUUGUGUUAAUUUCUAAAAUUAUCAUUUUUAGCUCAUCUGAUUUUUUGAAAAAAAAUGAUGAGUUAUUGUCAUCACUUGAGCGGUUGUCGGUGUCGGCGUCGGCGUCGGCGUCUGCGUCGGCGUUGCCUGGUUAAGUUUUAUGUUUAGGUCAGCUUUUCUCCUAAACUAUCAAAGCUAUUGCUUUGAAACUUGGAAGACUUGUUCACCAUCAUAAGCUGACCCUGUAUAGCAAGAAACAUAACUCCAUCUUGCUUUUUGCAAGAUUUAUGGCCCCUUUUGUACUUAGAAAAUAUCAGAUUUCUUGGUUAAGUUUUAUGUUUAGGUCAACGUUUCUCCUAAACUAUCAAAGCUAUUGCUUUGAAACUUGGAAUACUUGUUCACCAUCAUAAGCAGACCCUGUACAUCAAGAAACAUAACUCCAUCUUGCAUUUUGCAAGAAUUAUUGCCCCUUUUGGACUUAGAAAAUCAGUUUUCUUGGUUAAGUUUUAUGUUUAGGUCAGCUUUUAUCCUAAACUAUCAAAGCUAUUGCUUUAAAACUUGCAACACUUGUUCACCAUCAUAAGUUGACCCUGUACAGCAAGAAACAUAAACUCCAUCCUGCUUUUUGCAAGAUUUAUGGCCCCUUUUGGACUUAGAAAAUAUCAGAUUUCUUGGUUAAGUUUUAUGUUUAGGUCAACUUUUUCUCUUAAACUAUCAAAGCUAUUGCUUUGAAACUUGCAACACUUGUUCACCAUCAUAAGCUGACCCUGUACAGCAAGCAACAUAACCCAUCCUGCUUUUUGCAAUAAUUAUUGCCCCUUUUGGACUUAGAAAAUCAUUUUCUUGGUUGAGUAUUAUGUUUAAGGCAACUUUUCUCAUAAACUAUCAAAGCUAUUGCUUUAAAACUUGCAACAGUUUUUCACAAUCAUAAGUGGACACUGUACAUCAAGAAACAUAACUCUAUCCUGCUUUUUGCAAGAAUGAUGGCCCUUUUUAGACUUAGAAAAUCAUGGGUAGGACAAUAUUUCUAUUAUACAA